AUCGGGACAACUUUUGGGACUUUGGACGAACAAAUGUCUCUCUGCCUCAAGUGGCCCACGCAAACGGUUUUGUUAUUCUUAAUGUGGCCAUGAUUUUUCCCCACGCUCUUGGAUUUUACCGUUGUUAGUGCGUGUUAUUUCCACUUCUUUUUCCCAAGUGGCUGGUGUUUUCAUUAGAAUAGAAUAGGGUACUCGAAGACUUGUCGUUUAGUGGCCCAGGAUCUUGUUUUGGAAUAUCGACAAGGCCUCGAAUCCAAGAUGAUUCAGCUAGGAUCAUGGAAUCCUGCGUUGAGACCCGAUAACAGCCCGAAGGAGCACUCUUUCCUAUCGCUGGCGGACUCGAGUGCAGCGCCGUUAUCCGCGAAGUUCUCGAUGCCCUCGAGAAACGUACAUUCGCCAACACCACCACUACCAUCGUCCGCUAGCGAAGACUCCCCUGCGGAGUCGACGCAUGCUGCACUUUCACCUGAUCCAUCACACAGUGUUUUGGCAGGUGCGCGCGACAUCGAUUCGCAGAUAGCACAGCCAUCCUCUCCGGAUGAACCGACGGAAACCUCUAAAAAUAUGCCCAGCGAUGAUAUAUCUGCCCCCGUUCACCAACCCGUACAACCUUCCCAAGCAGAGUCUCCGUCCACUGAACAAGAAACUACCAAAGAACCAGUGCCAUCAGAAGGAUUUCCAUGGGGAAAAGAUGACAACGCAGAUUCCGCCCAGGGCAUUUCACGGUCUACGACAGACCCAUUUGAUGGAUUUGAUAUGACUGAUCGGACCAAUUCCUUCCCGAAUUCGGACCACUCCAAGAACAAGAAUCUCGACUCUCACGAGGGGGGUUACCCCGAGAAUGCUAUCAAUCAAGAGGCUACCCACCAGCCGUUCGCAGUCGGAAGGAGUGUAUAUCCAAACUCGGAUGCGCAAAAUGACUUCUUGCCGUGGAGUGCGACAAGUAUUGAUGAAGACCCCUCCGGUCAAUUUUUUAAUCAACUUAAUACUCAGACCAAACCCAUUUACACACCGCUGGAAGCAGAGUCGAGAUAUGAAGAAGGCAUGCCCCUGGAUAAUACAGAGCCAGCAUCUCCGACUGACAAUAACCAAGCCGAUAGUAUUGAUGCAAUAUUCAGGGAAGAUGAACCCGUUGACGACGCCGACCUUUUUGCUUCUGAGUCAGGCAUGCCACUGUUUACCCGCAAAUCAACCUCUCAAGUUCUUGAUUCUUUACAUUCUGACCAACCGCAAACCGCGGCUGCUUCCUCAAAUGAUGCAACACCAAUUCCAAACAGGGCAGAACUUAAUGACAACAGAAUCAACGAAGAGCCACUUGCUGAUAAAGAAGUCCCCGAGGAAGAUUUAGCAGAAAGGUGGAAGGCAGUUCUUGACGAUGAUGAUUUACUGAUUGAUGAUGAUUUGGAUGCUCUACAUACGGCCCAAGGAAGUCCACCAAAUGGCACUUCCGAAGAUUCCUCCGCUAAUUAUCUGUCAGAAUAUGCUCAAGACUCACCUGUGCCAACCCAACAGCCACCACGGGUGAACCCCUAUACUCCUCAUCAACCGUCAUCCUCCACUGUGAUUUCGGGCUUGCCUGGCCCCGAUUAUGGGCUGCUUAACGCCAAUGCAACUGCUGGUGCAUUUUCCCCUCAAGUCCAACAGCAUUCGAUAGGCCCCAACCCAAAUAUGCCUGAAAGCUUCUCCAAUCAAGCGAAGGCCGGUUACCAAUCCCCAUAUGAUUUGCCGAUGGAAAUAAUUCGACCGAAGCAUCGCACUUCUCAGCCCACUGUCUCUCAGCCUCUCCCAGCUAGUACCACAUCGAUACAGCCACCUCCUCGCAAGAGCAGCAUGACAGCAACUCGGCCUUCAAGUUCAAGCUCUGCCUAUGCCCCUUUAAAACCUACACCUCCCCCCUUAUCUCGCAGUGAAACAGAGAAAGCUCAGAGUAGCAACUUCUUCGAAGAGCUCCCGGCUGUGUCCAGGGUCCGUCCCUCAACCGCUUCCAAAUAUGCUCCUCCACAAACGGCGACGCAGCCAGUGGCUCCGCCACCAUCUAAUCAUAUGGCGCCUAAUGUCCCGACCGCUGGCUUGGCGCGUGUAUCAAGCGAACAGUUUCAGCUGCAAAAGCCUGAACGACUUGACCCCUACUCCUCUGUGCCUGUUGCACCAGGCCCAACUGUCUCUGGCCCAUCUAGCCACUACUCCCCAAAGCCUCCCACAUUACACUCUGGGUUUAAACCUGCCUCAUCUCCAAGAUACUCCCCUGCCCCACCUCUAUCCAGCGGGCCUUCUUUGAGUAAAUAUGCGUCUCAGCUCCCAGCAGGGUACCCCCCUUCCACUAUACUCCCUUUUCAACCGCGAACAUCAAGCCCCCUGGCACAGCAAGAGAAUGUAUCCCGGCAAUACCCGUCCACAGCGCACCAGCCAGCCGAAUUUGCUCCUACUUCGUUCCCCGCGCCUUCUUCCUUUCAGCCUCCCGACCAAACUCUCUCUCCACCUGGCAUCGGGCGGAGUCAAACCAUGCCUUCCAAUCAGCACCUACCCUACGUAGGCAAUGGAACUAGACCAGGUUCCCAAUUUACAGGUCAUGUUGGUCCGCAACGUUCCCCUCCAGUUCGUAAUACAUACGAACCCGUUUCAUCCCACACCCAAAUUACUACCAUGCCUUCUUAUCCUCAGCCUCCACCCACCUCGGUUCCACACCAACAGUAUCCCGAGCAACAACCCAGGCCACCGCGGAGAUCCCAGACUAAAUCACCAAGUAGACUCCAGUACGAACCCCUACUAUCAAGUGUGCCGGAACCGUUCCAACGGCCUGCAUCUGUCCACAAUCCGGUAACAUCUCUACAACCCCAAGUCCACCAAGCAAUCAAGGAAACCCCUUCUACGGAGCUAGAUUUCAUAUAUCCAACUGAUGGACAAGAACUUGAUCCACUCCAACGAUGGAAAGGGGCACCAAUAUUUAAAUUCGGUUUUGGUGGAGUAAUUGCCAGCUCCUUCCCUAAACGUACCCCCAGAUAUGCAACUGGUCAACUUGUUCCAAAGAUAAAGCCAUCCCCUGGGGAAAUCAAAGUCCGCUCAAUGGGUGAUACUUUUUCGCAGAGGGAGCCAACUGUGAAGUUCCCAGGACCUUUGAGGGUGAAAUCAAAGAAAAAAGAUGUCAUCUCAUGGCUAUCCUCUAUGAUUUCUGGAUUCGAAAAUGAUAGCACCUCUCUAAAUAAGUCAUCUCCGCAGCAGCACGACGAGACGAUCCUUCUUUGGAAAAUCAUACGGGUUAUGGUUGAACAUGACGGGCUUCUAGCGGGGAAUCCAGACGUUGAAAAUUCCGUGCGGUCCAUUCUAUCUCCUCUUCCUAAAAAAGCAUCAGCGUCAUCGGAGGCUCCCGUUUUCCAUCCACAGCUUUCGAGUGUCUACGAAAACAUCAGUGGAGAGGCUCAAUCAGAGCCGAUGAACGUAGAUGGAAUGGAAACAAUUCGUAGAUGCCUUCUAGCCGGUGAGAGGGAAAAGGCAGUCUGGGGAGCCGUGGAUCGCCGCUUAUGGGGUCAUGCCAUGUUAAUAUCCUCAACCAUUGAUAAGUCUGUUUGGAAGCAGGUAAUGCAAGAAUUCGUUAGAAGGGAAGUCAAAGCAGUUGGUAACAAUACCGAGCCGAUGGCUACACUUUAUGAAAUUUUCGCAGGAAAUUUGGAGGAGAGCGUCGAUGAGUUAGUGCCACCGUCUGCCCGAGCCGGUUUGCAGAUGGUUAGUAAAAUUGGGGGUCCUGGUCACGCGAAGAACGCCCUGGCUGGGCUUGAUAAAUGGCAAGAAACGUUGUGCCUAAUUUUAAGCAACAGAAGUCCUAAUGACCACGUUGCACUUCUUUCCCUCUCUAGGCUUCUCUCCGCCUAUGGGAGGAUAGAAGCUUCCCAUAUCUGUGCAUUAUUUGCGAAAUCCGCCUCCGUACCUCUGGUAUUUAGUGGCCCCGACGAUCCGCAGUCCCAGAUUGUUCUUCUUGGUACGGACCACCGCCGAUACCCAUUUACCUUCGCCAACGACAAAAAUUCCGUCCUUCUUACGGAGGUGUACGAGUUUGCGCUGUCCAUAUUAUCCGGCUCUACAACAUCGAUAGCACCGCAUUUCCAAGCCUUCAAACUUCAAUAUGCACUUUCUCUGGCCGAAAAUGGCAACAAAGCCGAGGCUCAGCAGUAUUGUGACUCCAUCGGAGCAAUCCUAAAAUCGACAACAAAACCUUCACCAUACUACAAUCAACGGUUCCUCUUCGAACUCGACGAGCUUACCAACCGCCUAAGGCAAUCCCCUACUGGUGGCUCUUCUUCAUGGAUGUCCAAACCGAGCAUGGAGAAGGUCUCGGGGUCCAUUUUGGCAAAAUUCAACAGUUUUGUUGCUGGUGACGACAGCGACGGCGGCUCCACCGGAUCUGGUAAAGCAGGAGAUGUGGACAUUGGGCCUUUUGCUAAGAUGGUUGGUACUCCCCCGAUCAGUCGCUCACCUUCUGUCCAUGAUGCCUAUGCGGCGUUCGGGAUUGGUCAACCCACCACCACCACCAUGCAUACCACCUCUCGUUACGCUCCCGGGAACCAAUAUGCUCCUUAUUCCUCUCCAGACCAACACCGUGGUCGUGGAUCUCUUGAUUCACAAAGAUCCCCUCCUUCUACUAGCCAUUCUUACCCUCGGGGUGCCGCUUCUCGGGAACUAAAUAGGGGUAUGGAGAAUGACUACCAUCCGAUCGCACAACAGAAUGUUUAUAGCCCCCCUUCUGUUCAGGCCAGGGGCUCAACGCCACUCCAGCAGCCGGCAUAUGCUCAUCUAGCCCCGGUUCAAGAAAUGCAGUCUUCUCAGGGCAUAGAACAUGCGGACCGUGAACAGCCUAUUCACUUUGGCGGAUAUCAACCUACCCUUCACCGACAAUCCACCAUUGAGCAAGAGAUCGGAUCUUCUGCUACCGAGAAUCAGAGCUAUGAACCGCCAGCGGGAACGACUGGUUACGAGCCCCCAUCGUAUGAGCCUGGGCCUGUGAAUACCGAUGAAUCAGACCAGGAUAAUCCCAAAACGUCAUUCAUGGAUGACGAUGAUGACGAUUUAGCCGCUCGUAACGAAGCCAUAAGGAAAGCAGCUGAGAAGGAGCGCAAGGAUCGUGAAGCUGACGAGGCAUUUAGAAAGGCUGCAGAGGAGGAUGCCAAAAAGCCCAUAACAGAGAAAAAGGGGUGGUUUUCGUGGUGGGGUAAGAAGGACCCAAACGCUAGUUCACCAGGUCCAAUCCGAGCUAAACUUGGCGAGGAGAAUUCGUUCUACUAUGACAAAGAACUGAAGAGAUGGGUUAACAAAAAAGACCCUGAUAGCGCCACUACAACUACUCAUUCUACACCACCACCUCCCAAAGGACCCGCACCACCAAGCCGGUCCGCAAGUGCGACAAAUGGUAUUCCGCCGUUGGGAAAUAAUAUACUAACAUCAGGCUCGGCUCUAACUCUUGCUCCACCUCCUAACCCAUCAAGCGGGCCACCUUCACAGGCUGGGGACUCGUCGCCUCGGAACUUGAGCCCGGGCAUACCAUCUUUGGCACCUCCAUCUUCGGCCAGCCCAAUGCCACGAUCUGUGUCAGCUGGGCUACCGUCCAGACCAGGAACGGCCCUCAGUAAUGCAAGUUCCAUUGAUGACCUUCUUGGAGCACCGCAGGCUAGAAAGGGAAAUACCGUCAGAGGAAAGAAGAGAGGCCGAGGCUACGUCGAUGUUAUGACAAAGUAAUGAAUCUCUACCCGAUUCCUCCAUCUGAGAAAAGGAGAACAAGUCCGCUUUAACGGGCACUAGAUCAAAAUUAAUCUUAUGUUGCUUUGUGAGACGACGAGGAACUUGAAACUCAUCCUCGAAUUACAGCCGUACUUCCUUGUUUCCAAACGGUCUCAUCAAUACCCCACAUAAUUCUUUUUUACAUUUCUUUAUUAAAAUCAUGCAUUUCUUUCUUGUUUUCCGCACCUCAUUUCGCUGCGUGAAUGAGCCUCCUUUUCUGACCAUAUGCCUUGUAAUAUUCUUCUAGUCACCACCUCACCCUCCCGAAUUCAUGUCUAUCUCAUGCUAAUUUUUGAUGUGUCUCAACUUAUUGGGGCGGCAUCUUUGUUUUACUACAUUAUAUAGUUCUUUUGCACAACUUUAGCGACACAACCACCUGUUCCCAAGAGCCAAUGUUGCCUUUUUCUCAAAUGUCAUCGUUGGGUUGUCUCGUUUUUGCCUUAGCUUAUUAUUUCGUCACUCUGACCAUCUUGUAAAAGACGAGAGAGGGGAUCUUUGAUGAUUUUUCUGUAUACUAUUUGGCAUUUCCCCUAUUAAAUAUUUUAAUCAGUCUAUACUUUUUUCGCCUGCUUGCUUCUUCCUUUCCUAAUACAUAUUAUUUUUGCCUGCAUUCCCUCAGAUACAUAGCAAACAGGUCGCAGCUCAACUAUGAAUUGCAUGCCAGCUGAAAAUAAUGAAAUUUUGGUCUCUCGACUGUGUCUGGAUAUCUACCAUUUUAUUUUAGCUCCCGCUCAACUUGUAUCCUUCACCGCUAAACACGGUUGGCAUUCAUUUUUCAACGACUGAAUUACGAAGAUCGAGCUAGUUAAAUACAGGUUUCACAGCUACAGGGGCA